AUGGAAGAGCCACCAAUGCCACCACCUCCAGAGGAGAUAUCGAUGAAGACCAUGUAUGAUUAUAUGGUUCAAAACUUUGGGAAUGUAAAUGUUUAUAUGUCUACAAUUGAUCGUCGCUUGGACUCGUUUGAGUCUACUAUGGACCCCUAUAUACCAAACUCUAGUAUUGUGACUGCUCAAAUAUCAAAUCAACUUGUAGCCACUGAUUGGAAAAAGCCUAUCCCUUCACUCUCUCAUGGUAACCUCAAUUUGAAUAAAAAUCUAGCUGGUAAGCAGUUUUUAUCAGUGUCGGAUCCUACAAAAUCUGAGCGGGGUUAUAGAUCUCUACGCAUAAGCGGUUUGUUUGGAGGUAAAAAGGAAAACGGUGAGAAGGGUGAUGAACCUUCCAAGGCAGGAAUUCUUGGAAAUAUGCAAAACCUCUACGAGACAGUGAAGAAAGCACAAAUGGUUGUCCAGGUUGAGGCUGUGCGAGUGCAAAAAGAACUCGCUGCAGCGGAGUUCGAUGGCUACUGUGAAGGUGAGCUCAUAAAGGCAACAUUAGCCGGAAAUCAGCAACCCAUACGCAUAGAGAUUACUGAGGCAGCAAUGGAAUUGGGUGCAGAAAAGCUAUCACUUUUAGUUAAUGAAGCAUACAAGGAUGCACACCAAAAAAGUGUCCAUGUGAUAAUCUCAUGAUCUUUCAUAAUUAUCAGAUGGAAUCUUUUUCGAAAUCAUUUUGCUGAUGAUAUUCCCUAUGAAGGAAAGAAUGAGUGACCUUGCACAAAGCUUAGGAAUGCCACAAGGUCUCAGUGAGGGAUUAAAACAACAAUAAUCUCUCAAAUAUGCACGCGAAUGGAGAUUGGUUAGGGAUUGAAGCAACGAUAAUCUCUUGACUGGCACUGGGGGUUAGCUUCGAUUUUGCAUAUUGACCAAUGGUAGAAAUGCUCGUUUUGUAUGUUUUACUGUGAAUUUGCAUUGCGAGUUUGGUUUCCCUGAUCAAAUUCACGCUCUGUUCUAAAACUCCUUGAUGUUACAUAAGUUAUUAUUUCUAUUUAGA